AUGAAAGGAUCCAUCCAUGUCUUCUUUCUGCUCGCCAUUCUAAUGGCUUUAGCCGCCAUUACUCUUUCUGCAUCAACCCCAGACGAAGUUAGAGAGGAAUGGUUUUCUGAUGAGGAAAAUGGUAUUACAAAUGAAUCAUCUGAUGAUCUCCCCGAAACCUUAAGCCAACCAACAACUUCACUAAGGGGAGCAAGCCGCUUCCUUGCUACUCGGGCUGUUGCUACCACCUGUGACAAAAACCCUAAGGUUUGCAAGGCUGCAGGCAGCGCAGGGCGAGACUGCUGCAAGAAGAAGUGUGUCGAUUUGAAGACAGACAGAGUCAAUUGCGGCAAGUGUGGGAAGAAAUGCAAGUACUCGGAGAUAUGCUGCAAAGGGAAGUGUCUGAAUCCGCUGUCUGACAAGAAAAAUUGUGGGAUCUGCAACAAUAAGUGCAAGAAAGGCAGUUCGUGUGUGUAUGGAAUGUGCAGCUAUGCAUAG